AUGCUUCCAGGCGUGGUGCUCAGGAUGGCGCGGCUGGUGCGGCAGGGAACGGGGCCGCAGAGCACAGAGACGCCAGCGGUCAGGGAAGCUGCCAGGAAGCCUCCGGUGAAAACGCUGGUGGUUCCAGCUGUCGACCUCGUACAGCUGAUCGCCAAGGCAAGCUCGUCAUCAAAGCUGCUCCCUCCCCCAAGCUCGCUCCCAACGCUGCAGUAUUUUUUCCCCCCCGAGCUCACUCCCUAUGCUGCUCUCUCUCCCCCCAAUCUCUUUCCCAAGCUCUCUCUGUUCACUGUUUCUCCGUAUGACGGAAGCGACGUCCCACUGUUCGGAUCCGACCUGCUGGCCUCGUCUCUUGCAGCCAACGGGGAAAUCAGAACAGACAGCAGCAUCAGAAGCAUGCUCACCAACGCACGGGGCAGCUGGGGGGGCGCAGGGGGAGGCGCAGGCGGGGAGGGGCGGGAGCUGCAGCGGUGGGCGCCGGAGGGAGGGGAGGAGGGGAUGGGUCUGGACGAAGAUAGCUACAGAAGCAGCUCCAGGUGGGAAAAUGGGGAGAGGGGGGUAGGGAGAGGGAAGAAAGGGAGAGAUGAGCAUGGAAUGUUGUUGUGUGCGUAUGGAGGUGUGCUGGGCUGGUUAGAGUGGUGGACAUUAGAUGGAGGGGAGGAGGGGAUGGGACUGGACGAAGAUAGCUACAGAAGCAGCUCCAGGUGGGAUGGAGGGGAGGGCCGGCAGAUCGUAGAGGGUAAAGGGGCGUGGGACCAGUUUGAGGCAAACCGCAAGUUGUUUGGCGUGGAGACAUCAUUUGACGAGGCCAUCUACACGACUCCGCUGGUGCGGCCGUCCCGGGAGCUGCAGGCGCAUGCUGAGCGGAUCGCACGGGAGAUUGAGUCGCAACCCAGCAGGAACAUGCACACUGCUGAGGAGCGGGGCUUCCAUCUGCGCAAUGCAGCGCGCACACUGGCAUCGGCAGUCAAGGCCGCGCUCGCCUCGGAUGACCCAUCUGCUGCUGCUGCUGGGGGCCUGGGCGGCAAUGCGGACAGUGCGUGGGACGAUGAUGAUGAUAUUGACGAGGAGACCAAGUACUCUUCGGUCAUACGAUCCGCCGCUGAUCUGGACAGCGGAAUGGACGACGAGGUGGAUGAUGCCAACGAUGAGACCUUCGGUGAUGCCGCCCCCACCACCGUGCAUGGCACU